UAAUGACGUACGCACUUUUAAGGUUCUAAACUUCUAAAAUCUAAACAAAAUAUUAGGAAAACACUAAUUUACUAAAAUUAUUUCGUAAAACAGCUUCUGACUAAAAUCUAAUAGAAAAAUGGCAGGUUCGGCUCUACGGCGUCUCAUGGCUGAAUAUAAACAGCUAACUUUGAAUCCCCCAGAAGGCAUAAUAGCAGGCCCUAUAAACGAAGAAAACUUUUUCGAAUGGGAAGCCUUGAUAACGGGUCCAGAGGGAACAUGUUUUGAAGGUGGAGUGUUCCCGGCAAAAUUGUCUUUCCCAGCAGACUAUCCCCUCAGUCCACCGAAGAUGCAGUUCACUUGUGACAUGUUUCACCCCAAUAUAUACUCAGAUGGUCGGGUAUGUAUUUCAAUAUUGCAUGCUCCAGGAGAUGAUCCAAUGGGGUAUGAAUCUAGUGCAGAAAGAUGGUCUCCAGUACAAAGUGUGGAAAAGAUAUUACUGUCUGUUGUUAGUAUGUUAGCAGAGCCGAACGAUGAAAGUGGAGCCAACGUAGAUGCGGCAAAAAUGUGGCGAGAAAACAGAGAAGAAUUUAAUGGAAUAGCAGAGAGACUUGUGAGAAAAACCCUUGGAAUUCCAUAGAAAAAUAAAUGGUGAAUAAAAACAAAACAGACAAGCAAAACUUAAGGCGAUUGUUAUUAUUGUUAUAUAUUAAUUAAAUUAUUAAAAUAAAACACUUUUUAAUUGUUUCA